GCUCGAAGGAACAAUACCCUUGUCUCAAAUUCCGAUUAACAUACAAGCAAACAAUUCAUCUGUUGGGACCCGGACGCAUGUCAGCAUAGUCCAACGUGCACCCCAUGCACACCAUUGCUGACCUCCCCAGCUUGCCGCUUACGGUUUCGCGUGGCGCUCCCAGCUAGACUUCAAUGGGGUAUGAAGACUCAGAAAAAGCAAGAACUUCAUUCCACGGUCCUACUGAACCUAUGGCCAAUCGGCGACAGUUGCACCGCCACGACCCAAUAUUAUUUUGUGGUAUGCAUGUCGUGGUGAGAUUCUGUCUUCUUGCUUUUUUCCAUGCUCCCGUCACGGGGGCAAAAAUGUCAAGGCGGGAUCUGCCUCGACGGUGCCAACAGAAAAUGAUGUCGGAGGAAGUUGGAGCAUGGACAAGGUUCUUUUUCAUAGGUAAGCAUACCUUGUCAUUCGAGUAUAUGGUCGAAGACGACUGGGAUCAUGCUGGCAAGGGUACAACGCUCAGCACCUGUUCAACAGAAGGUAUGCAUGUUGCAAUAGCUCUAGAGUAGCUAUACUUUUUAUCUUGCGAACAGUGGUACAGAUGAAGUCUAGAUCACUGACCACUUAAGCAGCCAGAGGUGAAGUUUUGGAUGGUGAUCAAGGUGUUCUGUAGUCCCAUGCACAGACGGUGUGUCCCCGAAUGGUAAAAUUUUAUAUAUCGAGGCUGAGUUACGGAGUCACGAGCGGUCGAUCUGGAGACAGAUC